AUGCACUAUCCUUCUCAUCAACGCAUGAUCCAUACAGGCUCAAGAAGCAUAACAACUUGGUUAGUCUUAAUCACAAUUGUUUUAUAUGUUCUUUAUUCUUCCAACAUUCUUCUCUUCAAUGAUCAACAAGAUUGUCAACCAACAACAACAACUUUAGAUGACACACCACAAGAACAUGUUCACAUUACUAGUUACAAUAUUUCUUCAACUUCUGAUAGAAACAUUGAACACAAAGUUUUACCAAUAGAAAAUAAAGAACAAACCGAAGAUGAAACCGAACAAGAGCAAGAUCAAGAACAAGAAGAAGAACCGGAACCAGAAGGAGAAGGUGAAGAACAAGAACAAGAAAACAAAUUACCUAUUGUUGUUAGGUUAACGCCUCAACAAAUGGCUCAAAGAGAAGAAACUGAGCUGAAACAUAUUUGUUUUGGGAUAGCUGCUUCAUCAAAUUUAUGGAAUACAAGAAAAGAAUACAUUAAAAUAUGGUGGAGACCAAAACAAACUAGAGGUGUUGUUUGGUUAGAUCAACGAGUUAGUACUCGAGCGAACGAAGGGUUACCUGAGAUACGAAUCUCGGGUGAUACUUCUAGAUUUCGAUAUACGAAUCGACAAGGACAAAGAUCAGCAUUGAGGAUAUCAAGAGUUGUGACAGAAACAUUGAAACUUGGAAUGAAAGAUGUGAGAUGGUUUGUUAUGGGAGAUGAUGAUACUGUUUUUGUUGUUGAUAAUGUUGUUAGAAUUCUUUCAAAGUAUGAUCAUAGACAUUUUUAUUAUGUUGGUAGUUCUUCUGAAAGUCAUGUUCAGAAUAUUCAUUUUUCAUAUGCUAUGGCAUAUGGUGGUGGUGGAUUUGCUAUAAGUUAUCCAUUGGCUUUGGAGUUAGCUAAGAUGCAAGAUCGUUGUAUUCAGAGGUACCCUGCUUUGUAUGGUAGUGAUGAUAGGAUUCAAGCUUGUAUGGCUGAGUUAGGAGUGCCACUCACAAGAGAAGCUGGAUUUCACCAGUAUGAUGUAUAUGGAGAUCUAUUAGGCCUUCUCGGAGCACAUCCAGUGGCACCACUAGUAUCCCUACACCACCUUGAUGUAGUACAACCAAUAUUCCCAAGAAUGUCAAGAGUACAAUCUCUUAAACACUUGAUGGAAUCUAUAAACCAAGAUUCAGCAAGCAUAAUGCAACAAUCAAUAUGCUAUGACAAAACCAGGUAUUGGUCAAUUUCAGUUUCAUGGGGAUUCAUGGUUCAAAUUCUGAGAGGAGUUUUGUCUCCUAGAGAAUUAGAGAUGCCAUCAAGAACUUUUUUGAAUUGGUAUAGAAGAGCUGAUUAUACUGCUUAUGCAUUCAACACAAGACCUGUUGCUAAACAUCCUUGUCAAAAGCCUUUUGUUUACUACAUGAGUAAAACUCAUUAUGAUUCAGCUAGUAAAAAAAUUGUUGGUGUUUAUACUCGCGAUAAAUUUAAGAAUCCUUUUUGCCGUUGGAAAAUGAAUUCGCCGGAGAAAAUUACUUCCAUUGUUGUCACAAAAAGUCGCGAUCCUUUGCGCUGGAAAAAGUCACCAAGGAGAGAUUGUUGUAGAGUUUUGCCAUCUCGUAAGCCCACAACUCUAUUCUUAUCAGUAGGCACUUGUCAAGAGGGUGAAGUUACUGAAUUGUAG